AGGUCGUGUCACUGGACUUUGGUCCGGUAGGAGAGGCUGACGUGACAGCCAAUCUGAUGGAGGCAGUGCCCUGCAGCCUGGCGCUGCAUGAUCCAGCUGAGCUGCCAGAAGACACUGCUGCGCUGCCCUUCCUGCACAUCAAAGUGCCACACCACCCUGCCGAGUCUGCCAUUCUUUCCCAGGCUGUGGAGUUUGCUCAGUCGCGGCAGUACCACGCGCUCACAAACAACUGCAUCCAGAACACAGACUUCUUUAUUCGGGCGCUGACGGGCGGCGCAGUCAGAAAUGCUCCUCUCGUGCAUGAUGCAUUGUGCGGGCAUGUGCCGGCACAAGACAACCCCAUGCUCGUCAUGUUCAUGCUGAUGACUGGAUUCUCCUGGUUUUAUGUCUGCGAUGGAAGCCAGGUGGCUGCAGCCUUCCUGAGGGAGCACGCCAAGCCUGCCAUGCCUAAGUGAGGAGUGGGUCCAAGUGAUGAGGAGGACAGCUUCUGAGAAUUUUUUGAGGAGAGUGUGAACCCUCCAACAUUCAUUACUUUAUCUGGGAUGGUUCUGUCGAGGAAUUAAAGGUUGUGAAUUGUACAUGUCCAGGUGUAAGAAAGAUUCUUUCAGCUCAGUGCUAUUGCGGCUGGUGCAGCUUGUUUCAACGAGCAUGUAGUGACUCAUUUGGUGAUACUUAAUGUUGCAAGUUGAUUGCAAUUGCGCUUUGCAGUUUGCAACUGCAAUCAAUUGCUUAGUGCUCGCCCAGCACAGUAUGUAAUGCUGAGCUGGCAUUC